GGUGGUCGCUUUAACCCCGAUAAUACCGGGGCCUCUCAACGCAUCAUCGGCACGCCUGCGCGGCCUAUCCAAGCUUAGCAUUGCCUGCACUUGCCUUCCUAGUUGUCAUCUCUGGACGAUUGCAAAAAUCUCGGCAAACAAUACUUUCGAAGACUCCCUCGCCGGUCCUUUCCAUUCUGUCGACGAGCAGCAUUCAUUUUAUCUUUACAUGCUGGGCCAAUUGCGGUAGAUGAGGGAUCCAGAGGGAUUGCAGUCUGUUCUGACUGCGCCGGGACGCUUCCCGCUCGAUUCUGGUUCUCUCCAUCGUUUCGAACCACUCUCGAACCAGCCAUUCUGUGGUGAUGCCGAGGGCUGGGGCCCCGUGAGCUCCCUUCGAUGGGAUCUAACGCCAUGCUUCCUUGAUGUUUGGAUCGUGGGUGUUGCCCUUUGGGGUGUGCUGUUUGGUGCUGGAGCUUUGUGGUAUUUGUUCACCAAACGUAUCGCCCAGGACGUUCCCAAAAACUGGCAUUUCUAUACAAAACUAACCAUUGUCGCUGCCAUAAUCCUUACGACUGCGCUUCAAGCCUCUCUACAGAUCGAACAACUACCUGGUGUGUGGUUUCGAGAUAUCCGGUUCUAUACCUCGAUCGCCACAAUCCUAUCACUCCUGGUCAUCUUCACGGUACAAUACUAUGAGCAUUGGCGGUCGCGGAAUCCAAAUGGCGUUGUGCUGUUUUUCUGGGUCUUCUUUAUUCUAGCUUACACUCUGAAGCUGCGUUCGCUGGUGGCUAGGGAAUCAUACAAGGAUCGCCUGCCAUACUUCGUCACAUUCAACAUCAGUCUUGGGCUGGCGGUGGUGGAGUUUAUUCUUGAGUACCUGGUUUCGAAGAAACAAAGCGUUUACGAUGCGCUGGGAGCAGAUGACGAAUGUCCGUACGAGUAUGCCGAUAUUUUCUCGGUUCUCACCUUUGGUUGGAUGACACCUCUGAUGAAAUUUGGCUACAAGAAUUUUCUUACCCAAGAUGAUUUGUGGAAUCUGCGGAACCGAGAUACUACCAGGGUCACGGGAGACAAGUUGCAGAAAGCUUGGGAAAUCGAGCUGGAGAAGAAGAAACCAAACCUCUGGAUCGCGCUGGCCAGAGCAUUUGGUGGCCCAUAUCUGCGUGGAGCGUUGAUAAAAUCAAUUAGCGACUGUUUGGCAUUUGUCCAGCCGCAAUUGCUUCGACUUCUGAUUACUUUCGUCGAUUCCUAUCGGCCAGGUCGCGAACGCCAGCCAGCGAUCCGGGGAGUGGCCAUUGCGCUGGCAAUGUUUGCGACUUCAAUCUGCCAAACCGCCGCGCUGCAUCAGUACUUUCAGCGCGCUUUCGAGACUGGUAUGCGAAUCAAGUCCUCGUUGACUGCGAUGAUCUAUUCAAAAUCCCUGCGGUUGUCAAAUGAGUCGAGGGCUACAAAAUCCACCGGCGACAUUGUGACAUACAUGAGCGUUGAUCAACAACGGCUCGCUGAUCUCGCUCAAUGGGGUCAACAAUUAUGGUCAGCACCGUUCCAAAUCACCCUGUGUAUGAUUUCGCUCUAUCAAUUAGUGGGAGUUUCCUGCUUGGCCGGGGUUGCUGCAAUGGUCAUCAUGAUUCCUGUCAAUGGCUUUAUUGCGAGAUUCAUGAAGAAGCUCCAACUAUCGCAGAUGAAGUACAAGGAUCGCCGCUCCCGGCUCAUGACAGAGAUUCUCAACAACAUGAAAAGCAUCAAGCUCUACGCAUGGGGCUCCGCAUUCAUGGACAAGUUGAGCCAUGUUCGCAACGAUCUCGAGUUGAACAACCUUCGCAAAAUUGGCGCAGCACAAUCAUUUGCAACAUUCACCUGGUCCUCGACACCCUUUUUUGUCUCAUGUUCGACCUUUGCGGUAUUCGUCUUGGUCAACAAUAGACCUUUGACAACGGACUUGGUGUUUCCGGCCCUGACCUUGUUCAAUCUAUUGACCUUCCCCUUAACAGUCCUCCCUAUGGUCAUCACGAGCAUUAUCGAAGCUUCAGUGGCCGUGGGUAGGUUGACUGCAUUCUUUAUCACAGACGAGCUCCAGGAAGACGCAGUGAGAUUUAUCGACGAGCCCCCAAAACAGGCAGGGGACGCGUCUGUCUCUAUCAAGGAUGCUACUUUCACUUGGGACAAGAAUGCAGGCAAGAAUGUUCUCCAGAAUAUCAACUUCAAUGCCAAUAAGGGAGAACUGACCUGCAUCGUUGGCCGGGUGGGGGCUGGGAAAUCUUCGCUGUUGCAAGCUAUCCUCGGUGAUCUUCACAAAAUCAGUGGCGAUACGGUUGUGAGAGGCCGGAUUGCUUAUGCGGCACAGUCGGCCUGGAUUAUGAAUGCUAGUGUCAAGGAAAACAUUGUUUUUGGGCAUCGAUGGGAUCCUCAUUUCUAUGAGCAGACGGUCAACGCUUGUGCUCUCGUUGAUGAUUUCCGACAACUUCCGGAUGGAGAUCAGACAGAAGUAGGGGAACGUGGCAUAUCCCUAUCUGGUGGCCAAAAAGCUCGACUUUCUUUGGCACGAGCGGUGUACGCAAGGGCAGAUGUCUAUCUCAUGGACGAUGUUCUCUCAGCCGUGGACCAACAUGUCGGACGUCAUUUGAUCAAUAAUGUCCUUGGUCCCAACGGGCUUUUGAAUGGCAAGGCGCGGAUUCUGGCCACCAAUGCAAUCACUGUCCUUAAGGAGGCAGACUAUAUGUACCUGCUCCGUGAUGGGACGAUCCUUGAAAAGGGAACAUACCAACAGCUCAUGGCCAUGCGAGGCGAAGUUGCCACCCUGAUCAAAUCUGCUACCGCCGAAGAAGAGGAAUCCGAAGGAGAACGCAGCCCAAGUAUCGAAGGAAUGGAGUCCGACGACUCCACAACCAUUGUCGGAGCCAACGGCGGCAGCACGCUGGACGAACUUGAUGACGAGGAAGUCGAAGAAUCGCAACAAGAAGUCGGUGGGCUGGUGCCCAUCCACGCCGGCCCCAGUGGUCCCUCGAAGGCCCGCAAAUCCAGCUUCAACACUCUUCGUCGCGCUUCGACGACCAGUUUCCACGGGCCCAUGGGCCGCCUGACAGACGAAGAACAUGGGGGCGCGCAACUGAAAAGUAAACAGACCAAAGAAGUAGCUGAACAAGGCAAAGUCAAAUGGUCAGUCUACACAAGCUAUGCGAAGGAAAGCAAUCUCGUCGCCGUGGGGAUCUAUUUCAUGGCCCUCCUAGCUGCUCAGACGGCACAGGUUGGAGGGAGCUUCUGGCUGAAGAGGUGGUCCGAGAUCAAUGAAUCCCACGGAUCGAAUCCCCAGGUCGGAAAGUACAUUGGCAUUUACUUUGCUUUUGGCAUCGGUGGUGCUGGAUUGGUCGUCAUUCAGACCUUGCUUCUCUGGAUCUUCUGCUCGAUAGAGGCUUCGAGAAAGUUACAUGAUCGCAUGGCAUACGCAAUAUUCCGGUCUCCGAUGAGCUUCUUUGAUACCACUCCAGUGGGACGCAUUCUGAACCGGUUCUCAAGCGACAUCUACCGGGUCGAUGAAGUUAUCGCACGCACCUUCAACAUGCUCUUUGUCAACACUGGUCGCGCACUGUUCACACUCGGCGUCAUUGCUGCUUCGACCCCGAUCUUCCUAAUCCUGGUGGUGCCGCUGGGCUUCGUCUACAUCAUGUACCAAAAAUACUACCUCCGAACCUCGAGAGAGCUGAAACGGCUUGACAGCGUCAGUCGCAGUCCGAUCUAUGCACAUUUUCAGGAGUCGCUGGGUGGCGUCUCCACCAUUCGUGCAUAUCGCCAACAGAGGAGAUUUGCCUUGGAGAACGAGUGGCGCAUGGACGCGAACUUGCGGGCAUACUUUCCCUCGGUUAGCGCCAAUCGUUGGUUGGCCGUCCGCUUGGAAUUCAUCGGGUCUGUCAUUAUCCUUGCAGCUGCCGUCUUUGCCAUCAUCUCGGUGACAACUGGUAGCGGCCUGACGGCCGGGAUGGUUGGCCUCGCGAUGUCAUAUGCCUUGCAGAUUACACAGUCCCUGAACUGGAUUGUCCGCCAGACGGUCGAGGUGGAGACUAAUAUCGUGUCGGUGGAAAGAGUCCUGGAGUAUGCCAACUUGCCCAGUGAAGCUCCUGAUGUCAUUUUCAAGAGCAGACCGAGCAUCGGGUGGCCCGCACAGGGGCAGAUCACCUUCAAGAAUUAUUCGACACGAUAUCGGGAAGGUCUGGACCCCGUCUUGAAGGACAUCAACCUCAACAUCAAAGCUCAUGAAAAGAUUGGGGUGGUCGGCCGCACGGGAGCAGGCAAGAGCUCGCUGACGUUGGCGCUCUUCCGGAUCAUCGAGCCGAUAUCUGGCUCUAUCAGCAUCGACGGGCUCAACACUUCAUCGAUUGGGUUGCUAGAUUUACGGCGACGGCUGGCAAUCAUCCCUCAAGAUGCCGCUUUAUUCGAAGGCACAAUUCGUGACAAUCUGGACCCUCGCCAUGUACAUGAUGACACCGAACUGUGGAGUGUGCUUGAACACGCCCGUCUCAAGGAGCAUGUCUCGAGCAUGCCUGGCCAGUUGAAUGCUGCCAUUCUCGAAGCUGGGUCCAAUCUGAGCCAAGGCCAGCGUCAAUUGGUCUCUCUCGCGCGUGCGCUGCUCACACCCAGCAAUAUCCUGGUCCUGGAUGAGGCAACGGCAGCGGUCGAUGUGGAGACGGACAGAAUGCUUCAGGCCACGCUUCGAAGCACUAUCUUCCAGAACCGCACCAUUAUCACCAUUGCGCAUCGCAUCAACACCAUCCUGGACUCCGAUCGUAUAGUGGUGCUGCAGCAAGGCCGGGUAGCAGAGUUUGACACUCCAGAAGAGUUGAUCAAGAAGCGGGGCCUGUUUUAUGAGCUUGUGCGUGAAGCCGGUUUGCUCGAUGGGUUCGGCAAUGGUGCAGCGGGUGCAAAUCAGCAUUAGCACAGGCGUGAGAGCCUAGCAAACUAAACGCUUCAAGCAAUCAUCAGACGGGGAACGAUUGCUCUUCGUUCCGGCCCCACGGUACCGAUCCCUUAACAUCCCUUCCCGAGUGAUGACGCGCGAUCUCUGGCGACAGAGCAACGCCGUAACUUUGGGUUGAAGGACUGACGGCCCACUUUGAUGGUACACACCACUCUGCCGAUGCGCAGCGUUCGGUGGAGAAGCAGCAUUCACACCAGCCCUGGUCUGGGCGCGAUGAGCAGGUGCCUUCAGGGGGAGGGGGGGG